AUGUCGAAAUUCUUUGACUCUUCCAGAUCAUCGUCUGUCUCUUCAUUCAUUCCUCCUGUGUUGACUCCUUCACAGUCGACUUUGAAGUCUGGACUAACGAGAGGUGAGUUACACUAUUUACCAGAGAAAUGGGUGAUGUGGUACCAUAAUCGGUACCAGGCUAAAGAGGCUCACGAGACAGGCGAGACCGAGGGGAAUGAGGUGACCGAGAAGACCGAGAAGGUUGAGGUAGCUGAUGAGGUUGAUGACACCCAGAGGACUGACAAGACUGAGAAGAACGAGAAGGCUGGAGAGACCGAGGAGGCUGAGAAGACUGAGGAGGUUGAGAAGACUGAUGACGUUCAGAAGGAAGAGAAUAACGCAAACGAGAAUCAACCAGACCGCAUCGAAUCAUCCACCCUCGAGAAGCAAUACCUUCAAGGUACAAGCCCGGUAUUUUUUUCCAAGGUAGGCUCUCCACUGAACGACUCGACAGAGACAAUCGACUCUGUGGAACAGUUCUGGCAAAGCGAGUCUGAUCUGAUGCCAUUUAAGGAUCUUCCUAAAGGAACGGAGUUCUUUUUCUUCAAAAAAGGAGUCAAACCAAUGUGGGAAGAUCCUGUCAAUAGAAAGGGAGGUCGUUGGACGUUCCACUUUAUUUGUGAUAAGAAUCCACUCAGAAAUGAGCGCAGUGUAAUGAGAAUUGGGCUUAUCUGGGAAAGACUUUUGUUGAAGUUAAUCUCUGGAACCUUUAUUUCUGAAGACAAUUUGUUCAGGGAUUUGCUUUCCAAAGAUAUAUGUGGUGUUACUCUUAGUGUUCGUGGCGAUAGAAACAUUAUAGGUAUCUGGAACACACAUUUGGAGUAUUUCAAGUACUGUAACGAAGGAAUCAAGAAGUACAGGGCUGAUGCAAAGAGAUUGAAGCGUAUGGGUUUACAGAGCGAAGAAGGAGAAGAGGCUGACAAUUUUGCAGACCGGUUGGCGGAGAAACUUGCCGAUAGCAUGGAUGAGGAAAUUCUUGAUGACUCGUACUUUGGAGUUGAUGAGGAUGAUUCAAAGUCACGUAAAGAAUUACGUAACUUUGUGAAGUUGACACCGUUUGCAUUGAGAAGAGGAAUCGCCAAUGCGAUGUACCGGGUAAUUGCUGAAGUGGACAGGAUUAUCAAGUACGGAGAGAAUCCUAUCACAGCUAAAGUUGGCAGCAGUGAACAAUUUAAGGGAAUUUGUUCGAAGUCCAAAUACAAGCGUCAUUUCCCUGUGGAAGCCAGUAAAGCUGGUCUAAGUAGAGGCUUUGGAAAGAGCAGUCGUGGAGGAAAUCGUCGUCAUGCAGGAAAUAAUGAAGUCUAUACAUUCCGCAGGCAUUACAGGGGACGAGAAAAGGAUGAUCGAGAAGGUGAGAGGCCUUAUGAAAGAGAGAAGGAUAAGGAAAGGGAAAAGGAAAAGGAAAGAGAUGAAGACAGAAAUAAAGAGAAAGAAUCCGACGUCCCUCGAAGAAGUUAUCGCAGUCGGAGAAGAGAAAAGCCAGAGGAAACCAAAACUGCUGGUUCGGAUGAAGACUUAUUUUCCUCGUUAGGUAAACAGAGAAAGAAGUUGGAGUUCAGCAAAGACGGCAAGUUGGUGGAAGAGGUGAAUAUGUUAAGUUUUGGUCGCAGGAGACGCAUGAUGAAGCAUAGUUCGUGA